AUGAAUGAGAAAUACAAGUUACAGUCACUAGGAAGUGAGGAGGAGGUCAAGAGCGUGGUGUUUACGAAUGAACCUGAGGUAAGCAUAGGAAGUGGGAUUGAUGCGGAUGUGCGUUUGCAGCAGCCUUCGAUCAAGGAGAGGCAUGUGAUUGUGUAUUUUGAGCACAUGAAGAUGCGAGUACUUGGGGAGAAUGUAUUUCUGAAUGAGGAGGCGAUUGAGAAGGGGUCGAUGUGUGAGUUUAGGUUUGGGGAUGUUGUACGGAUAUGCAGAUACAGGUUUGUUUUUUCUCAGACUGAGCCUGGGGAUUUUAUUGACGAUAGCAAAGUGAUACGGAAACCAAGGAUGGAGAUGAGCUAUUUGAGCAGUGAGAUGACGAGUGGUGAGGUUGAGAGAGAGGAGCCAAUAAGUGUUGUUGAGGAUAAGAAGAUGCAGGUUGUAGAUAAGAGUGGAGAAGGAAUGAUGGGAGAGGCUGUGGUAUCGAUUGCAUUGAACAAGGUAUCUGGUGUUUAUGUAUCACUUGGUGGGGAUGAUCAUGCAAAUGUGUCAUGCAUAAAGCAGGUUAUUGAAGAGCAAAAAGAAGUGCUUGAGAAGGAGAUUGAGGAGUCUAUUGAGCAUGGAGCGGUAGACACGCCUGUGAUUGCAUCGCUUGCAAAGAAGCAGGGACGCGAUCUUGGCGAGGUGAUGAUAGAGAAGGAGCUUUUGAGCAAUGCUGAGAAGAUAGUUGAGGAGAAGAUGAGGAAUGAGCAUGAUGCAGUUGAGCUGGAGCUUGAUGAGUUGAAACAGAGUGUGAAGGACAGUAUCAAGGAGGAGCUGCGAGAGGACCUGAGGCGGGAUUUUAUGAAUGAGGUGAAGGAGGAGAUCAGGGACGAGGUGAAGGAGGUUUUGAUGUCGAGUGAGAUGAAGGAGGCAAUUGCUACGGAUGUUAUUGGACACAUUGAUGUGAUUCAGGAGCAAAUCAAUGUGGAUGAGGGAAGUAUAGAUGAGCAUGUGGGAGGUGAACGUGUGAAAGAUGAAGUACAAGAGAAGGAGUCUGUAGAGGAGGUCAUCAGUAGAGAUGCCGAAGAAGGAGUGAAAAUUGGAGUAGUGGAGAAGGAUGAACAUGAAAAUGUGGAGAAUGAAAAUAAAGCUGAAGAUUUUGAUAAGCAUGUGGAAGAUGAGCAUGUGGAAGGCAUAAAAGAUGAACAUGAACAUGAAAAUGUGGAGAAGGAUAAUAAAGUGGAAGGCAUGAAAGAAGAACAUGAGCAUGUGGAGGAGAUGACAGAUGUGAAUAGUGAGAAAAUAUCAAGACCUAGAAGACGUGCAAGUUCUAUAGGAGUCAAAGUUGAGGGAGAGGAUGGAUCUGAAGCACCACCUACCAGAAAAAGCUCAAUUAGAAGUAAACGACAAAGUACGGGAGAUGAAGAAGGAGUGAAGAGGAAGAAGGGUGAGAAACAAGAAGGAAAGCAAGAAGCAAAGGGGAAUGAAAGUAAGCCCAAGGGACGUAAGAAGUAG